UCAAGACCCACUGUGUUAUCAACGUUUAAAUCCGCUGCCCAGUGUGGUUUGACUCGCGUUUGUUUAACGUCUCUGCACGAACGUAUGCUGAACGCAGCCCGGGUGUUUUCCGUUGGGUCCUCCUGCGUGCAUCCGGACGUCCUUGGGUUUUGUGGCUGAGCGUUAAUGUGACACACACCGGUUUAUACAGCGGUUUGUUUUAAUAGCGGGGUUUUAACAGAGGUCAGUCGGUGGUCCGGUCGAACUAGAACAAGAACCGAAGUCGGUGAAAUAUCCAUCCGCCUCCCUUGUUUUGGUACAACAUGGUCAGAAAACUGAACCCUGAUGGUCCAUUACCACCCUGUAACUCGAGUGUAAUGACACCACUUUUCCAUGUGAUGUAUCCCAGCAGUGACUCGUCCAUAUCGCCACUGAAAUGUCUCUGCCAACGAUCACACGUCUCCCCUCAGCGAGGCUGCUGAGCUCCCUCCUCCUCCACCACCAGCACCAUCUCCUCCUCCCCUCCAUCGCUCCUCUCACUGUGCCCACAAGAUUAAUUCAUGCUGAAUACAGACGACCCGGCAAACCCAAAGAAAACCUAUGGCAGAAGAUUAACAUCGACUUCUCAAAGGGUAUGAAGGGGAUAAAGAAGAAUUUCACACUGCUGAAAAAUGAGUUUUUUGACCGAUGGGUUGGUCCAGAAGGUAAACCGAUCCUUGAGCACAUGCUGGAGCAGAACCGAGUGGUAUGGGAGUUCAGAGGUCCAGAGAGCCUGGAGCACUGGACGUUGUCCUCAGAUCGUGAGGUGGGAGGCCAGAGUGAAGUUUACUUGAAGCUGGGCAAAAACAGCAAUACCUGUUUUCUGUACGGGACUCUGAACUGCACUCCUCCAAGAGACGGAGAAACACGCUACAGUGGCUACUGCACCAUGCGCUCCAAGCAACCACUGGCUUCAUUUGAUAGGAAAAAGCACCACGACUGGUCCAGUUUCAACACCCUGCAUUUGCGUGUGCGUGGCGAUGGCCGUCCGUGGAUGAUCAACCUUGCAACAGAAACGUACUUCUCGCAUCAGAAAGAUGACAUAUACAGCUAUUUCCUGUAUACCAGGGGAGGACCCUACUGGCAAGAUGUCAAGAUCCCUUUCUCCAAGUUCUUCCUUGCAUAUCGUGGGAGGAUACACGACACUCAGCACCCUCUCUGGGUGGACAAGGUAAACACCAUUGGAUUUACGCUGGGGGAUAAAGCCAACGGUCCGUUCCAGCUGGAGAUCGAUUUCAUUGGCGUCUGCAAAGAUUAUGCACACACUGAGGAGUGUGCCUAUGAGAUGUACAAGAGGAAUCCUGAAGUUUGAGAGGAACUAUUACAAUACUGCAGAUGAACGGUUAUUGAAGAAUAGUUCUGUUACUGAAACUCCUACCUUCUGCCAUCUUGGUGACAUUUAAUUUAAGAUGCUGUUUAUCUGGAUUCUAGUACAUGUACUCUGAUACUUCACAGACUAUCACACGUUCCCAGAAGAAAUACGUUCCUGUUCGUGAAAAUAAGCCAAUGUGGUCAAUUCAGGACAGGAUCAAGUCCUGUACAUGACAGGUCUUCUUCCACGAGAUAAUGUCCACAACCCAAAUCUUAAUAAAACAUCAUUUUCUCAUGAA